CCCGACUAAACAGGAAGACGCAGAAAAAAAUUGUGUGAAGUUAUUCAGUCAACCCAGUCAAGUUGAUAAAUGAUACAUGUAAGAAAUUGAAUAAAUAUUUUGGAGAUAUUCGAGAUGAAAAGAACCUGCUUGUGUAUCUUUAUGUUUUCAUCAUUGUGCUCUCUAGGAAAUGAUUUUUCAAAGAGAGUCUUUCUGACUGGAGAAAUCACAAACAUCAAUGACAAGGAAGUCGUAAAACUAAAAUGUCAGUCAUCAAAGGCACCUAUUCUUCAUCUCGUCGAGUUUUUAGUUGACAGCAUUACCGUUGACAAUGUAAGACUUGCUGAAGGAAAAUGUUAUAACAGUACAAGAGAAUGCAAUGAUAUGAUAUGCAUGUGUUCAAAAGAUGGAAGGGUCUUUACUUGGAUAUAUUAUCCAUUAGAUAUGUUAAGAGCACAUAUAUUUGGAUGUCAAGUUCGAAUUUUAGAUGAGAAAAACAAUACUGUCAAGACUACUGCAAACUUGCAACUCAUUGGAUCAGAUUUUUUGAUACAACACCCAAAACAUGAAAACGUUGUAAUAAACUCGGUAGAAAUUACAAAUUCGGACGGUAACGACAGCGAUGCAACAGCCAUUGCAGCAGUAGUUUCAAGUAUCGUGGUAUGCAUACUAGCUGCUGUGAUAGUAUCUUUGAUAAUAUAUUGUUAUAGAAAAAGACAAACAGGCAAUGAAACAAACGAACCAGAAAGAGAGCAGCCCUUAAUAUCAGUUGCUGCGAAUUACGAACAAGUCCGACAGAAAGUAGUUUUUCUACCUGGAGAAAGGUCAAAAUCACAGAAUACACGAAAGUCAUCACCUCGUAAAUGUAAGAAAGUUUCUGGAUGUUCGAUCUGUGAGAAGAGGACGACAGAAAAUGCUAAUUGUUCAACUCUUGAACGUGAUUUCUCUCAAACCUCUCAUAAUGAAGAAUGUUUUAAAUGUAAGGGUAUUAGACAAAAGUAUACAAAGAUGUACGAUUCGAACCUAUCGAAAGAACUUGAUAUUAAAAGUGAUCAAAAGUGUACAGUUGACAGGAUAGUCAUAUUAGGUGAUAACCAGUUGUUGAUUGUCGACAAAGAAAACAAUUCCCUGAAGGUUCUAGACGAGGAGAAUAAGUGGCAUAGUAUUAAUGAACUUAAAUCAAAACUGAUUGGUGUCACCUCGCUGUACAACAAUGUCGUUGCAGCAAUUUUUUCAAAUGAAGAUAGGAUACUGUAUUUACAAAUCUUAUCAGAUAAAAUAAUUUAUACGGGCAAGGAAAUCGAACUGAAAACAUUAGGUGAACCCUUAAAUAUAGCAUACAAUAAAGACCUUUUUGUAGUUAGAGUUGGAUUAGGACAAGAUGGGCGUUUUGGUAUUUUGAAUACAGAAGGAAAAAAUCUACAUAUUAUCUGGAACUCUGAGAUGAGAUUCGGUGAUUUCACCGAAAAUUCUGUUGAAGUCGCACUCAGCUUUAGUGAAAGGUGUAUAUUUAUAUCAUUAUUUGAUAAAAAUGCCGUUUACUGCGUUAACUUCAAAGGAGAUACUCUGUGGGACACCCAUGUUUCGUGUCCCAAAGGCAUACUUUAUGUUUCUAACACAGCAUUUUUUCGCGAAAAAAAUAUUAUAUUAGCUUGCCAGAACCCCAAUUUUAUCUAUCAAAUUGAUUCUAAAAGUGGAAAGCUUACCUUACUUAUUGACGAAAAAGAUGGUAUAAACGUCCCAAAAUGUAUUGGAUAUAAAGAAACCGAAACUAAGUAUCUACUGUAUACAGAUACAAACACAGGAAAAAUCUUUGAAUUCUCACUGACAGCAAAAAAACAUAUAAACGUAUACAUUAAUUCAAAUAAUAAAAUGGAUUGAUACAAUUUUUGUACGAUUUUAGUAUUAGCAUCGUUGGAAAGACAUUGUCAUGUUUAUCAAUGAUAGUUAUAAUAUAACUUUGCAUAGACCAUGCCGAAAUAACAUUCUGUCUUGGCUCUAGUUUUAGUUGAAAAUGCUUGUGAAAAAUUAUUUAUAUACAUGUAUACCAUCGAAGUUAUAUUCAAAAUGCAAAACAAUUGACAUAACACUACCUAAAUUUUAUAACACUGUGUAUUAAAAACAAGUGAUUUAAGAAAUGUUUUUUUCCUAAAAUACUACAACAAAUGUCACAACAUUAUUAAUGAUAUAUUUUCAUUAUUGUGUUUCCAAAUGUUUAGAUGUACUACUUGGACAGUUCCAUGCACGACUUUUCCUACAAAUUGUGUGAAAUUCGUAACAUUCUACUAUAGAAACAGUUGCCAUACAAAGUUUGUGAAUUAUUUGUAAGAGAUAACAUGCAUAUUAAGUCAUUAGGUUUUCAUGUGAAAUAAAUUGAAAAAUAUGCAUGCAAAUAAAAUAGGGUUAUAUGGCAUUUCAUGUCUUUACUUCAUAUGUUUUGCCCAAUAGUGAUUUUGCUGGUAGGACACAUAACUUUAAAAAUUUCAGAUUAAGGUAGCAAAAUACAAUACAAUACAUUACAUUUUGUUAUCUUUUAAGGCAACUUCAUACUUGUGUUAUUUCUUUCAUACAGCUAAAAGAAUAAAGGAAGAAUCAAUAGAAAGCAAAGUUUUAUCUAUCAAAUGUGUAUAAUCUAUUAUUAUAUGAUCAUUAUGCAAUUGAUUAUAAUGUUAUAAGUUGCUAGAUUGUGAUGUACACAUUUGAAUGAAAUUAGCUUCUUUGCUUUUCAUGGGAUUCCAAACUGUUUGAUAGAUUUUUAUGAAGCACAGUUUGACCUCCAAAACCGUGUCUCGGACUUUUUCUAUUGCAUAUCAUUCUCUAAUUUAACCUCCAACAAAGUUACCAACCUUUAUUCAUAAGUAAUUGGGUAUACAAAUUGUGAUAUUGAUGCUAUUGUACAUCGGAGGCACGGUUGUUUAAGAUAACUUGUAAAAAAAAAACAUGCACCAAAAUCAGACUUAUAGAGGCACACAUCUAGGAGCUAAUUUCAUUUAAGAUUGCCUUUUCAUAUCAAAAUGUACGUGACAGAAUCAAAUAAAUUAAAAUUUUUCUA